UUCGAGCAAGAGUUAUCAAUAUCAAUACAUUAGAAAUGAUUAGACUUACAUUGCUUCUGAUUUUCGUGGCUAUUCUCUCUGCGGCUCGUGAAAUCGAACAAAGUAUCGAAGAUGAACCGUGUACGUAUGACUUGGCGCGUCAUCAUAUCAUUGCAUACAGUAAGGUGAAAGAGUUUUUCGAAACAGCCGCUGUGAAUGUGAAAAAUCGUGAAUUACGACGGCGAUUGGCAAAACUAUUUGAAAAAUUAGCGACACAUCCAAAUGAACCAAUGAACGAAGACGACCACACUAGUCUGUUCGAACGAAAUGCAUUCGAAAAGGAGUUAUCAACACCGUUGCAGUUACUUGGAAUUGGCAGUUAUGAUGCGAGAAGAGUGGCUAUCUCGCUGAUUCGAUGGAUACCAUUUAACAUUUUCAAGGGUCCUGCAGCUAAAAAUCGAGUUGAUGAUCCAAAAAAUGGAUUCGAAGAAAAUGCUGGCCGAAUUGUAAAUGCGGACACACGUGACAAUUUAGAAAAUUUGCACAUUUUAUAUGAUAACAUGAUAAAUUAUGUCAACACAGACAGUGUGGAUAAUUUCAAGAAUUCAAUUAAUUUAAUGGAACAUUUACUGAUCGCCGUACCGAAGGGAUACAGAGAUUUUACAAUGUCUGAUUGGGAAUUGGUUGGAAUUCAAAUUAAAGGACAUACUAAACUGUGUAAAUUUCGAAUUAAAAGUAUCGAUGAAAGUUAACAUUUAUGUUGUGGGUGCCAUUUUGAAGUCAUCAUUUAAUGUAAUGCAAAAGUAUUAGAGGCUUUUUUUUGAUUUUGAAUGUUUUUAAAAUUGAUGAUUUUUACAACUUCAAGUGCGUUGUAUUCAUAGAAGUACUCUGAUUUUGCAAUUGUAAAAAUGAAUUUUUGUGGAAAUUUUCAUGAUAUUCUUGUGUUAUAUGGAACGAAAAUAGUAGACAUUUUUGAAAACUA